AUGAAUUUUCUCUUCGGGAAUAAGUCAAAUGCAAAGACGACGGAGGAAGGCAUUGAUCCUGAGCAAGGGACAUCGGUGAUGGACGAGAAAAGUUUUGACCCGGACGAAGCUUGUUUCGUCAAAAAAGCUUCGAUCCAGACGAAGUUCCGGAGUUUCGACCCGGAUGCCAUCCGCAUCGAAAGGAGCGAAGACGAAGAUUCAGAGAAGUCCUUUGAUGCAUCGGAAGAAAGUUUCGACCCCGACGAGAUGUCAGACGGCGAGAGCGAGGAGGAGGGAGGAGAAGAGAAAGGAAGCGGUGAAGCUGCGCGGAGGGUGAAGCUCGGUGUGAGCUACGAGAAAUCCUUUGAUCCUGACAGAGAAGCUCCGGAGGAUGGCGGGAAGGAGAGCUCGCGCACUAUCUCAGCAGAUGUGGCGGAGCGUGCCAUGUCAAGCUUGACCAGCGCAGCUUCUGCUGAGAUCUCGAGGCUGCGAGGAGAAGUAGAAGGAAUGAAGAGGAAAGAGCAGGAGGCAGCGGCCGCUCUUUCUCGCUCCGAGCAGCUUCUUCGCGCUGAAAAGGUCUGA